AUGGAGCAUGCUGCUUUACCGCUCAGGAACAAAUCAGGAUCUCACAGACAGGCUCUAAAGUCUCUGCUGUUUUACCUCUGGGAUGUUUAUUCCAAACCUACUCCCUCAGGCAGAGAAAUUAUUUCUCUACUGUCUAUCUGCCUCAGCUUUGCCAUUAUUACAGGUGGACUGCUCCACCACUGGCUGUCACAGACUCUGAAAUAUGACCACGUGGCAUCAUUUCAGAUCACGUGCUUCUACAGCGUGUCCAUGCUCCUGGUCUCUUUCCUUUGCCACCCCCUCCGCUGCGUUCUCACAAUGAUUCUGCCCACCGUGUGCACCAAACAGGGACGUAAACUCCUUAUCUCAGCCUCCAUUAUGAUUCUGGUGUUGAAUGCCAUUCCUAACAUUACAGUCAAUAUAGGGGCAGUAGCACGGAUCCUCAAGUGCACCGCUGAGGGUUUUACAAGGACUCUGCUGAACUCGUCUGAACCUUUCAACAAAGCCAAGCGAGAUCUUGUUGAGGAAGCCAUCAGAGUGAGGAGAGAAGACUUGAGCAUUGUUACUAAUUUAAGGACCUUGGAUCAUUUUACACAUGUUGAUGUGUCAGAAGUAAAAAGCACAUUUGCUAAAGUGAUUGGCCAGAUAGAGGUCAACUUCUCACAUGCAAGGAACUUGCUAAGAGAUUACAAGUUGCUGUCAAACCGGGUCCUCGCAACGAUUUUUGUUGCACUGCUAGUCAUUGAAUCUGCACAAUAUUUAAAAUCCUUUCUGACAUCUGUUCAAUUUGAUAAUGGCUUCAUCUCCGCAGCACUCCUGCAAAAAACAUCUCCUGAGGGAAAGAAACAGCACGCCAAAGAUAAAAUUAGAGUCCCUAACUGCAAAAUCACAAGUCAGGAAUGUACCUCUUCUUUCAUAUCACUGGUCAUUGUGACAUUAUACUUUAUUGCAAUAACUCUAAUAGUAGUUUUAGAUCACGUUGUGUAUCAUAUAGUCCAGAUGAUCGUGCCAUGGGUGCUGGAUUUCCCACCGACAACUGCUGCUAUAAAUGUCAAUUAUAAGGUUAACUGGUUUCCUCCUGCAUUCUGUAUAAUCCCUCAAUCGUGUGUCACACGGGAGCUGAUAAACUUCCACAAGGACUACAAAUGGACCUUCAACCCCGAACCGUCACUCUGCGACGUGACAACCUCAGCUCCGAAGCUGCCUGUCGCUGUCCUGCUGGGAUGUCUCUGGAUGAUGAGCUACUUUCUGGUGUUUCUUGAAGUUUACGCCAGGCGGCUCCGCAGGAAAAUCUGUGCGUCAUUUUUUAGAGAACAGGAAGAAAGAAGAAGGGCGUAUUUGACAAAAAAAUUUAAGGAUAAGCAGAAAACGAGGAAGAAAACGAGGACCAUUAAUAUCUGUAUUUUUAAGUGA